UGCAGAGUAGAGAGAGCACAGUAGCAUACCCUAAUAAAUUGAAGCACCACUUUAUCUUGAGCAAGACGAGUGCCAUCAUUCUCCCUGUCUCACGUCUCCUGUGUACGUGAGUCUCUCUCCAGGGAACAAGGUAUCUAAAAUGACUAAGCGCAAAUCAAAGACUGCCGCCAACUUCAAGCCAGAGCGCGAGGACAACUCUUUCUUAAUAGAAUCCCACCCAGUGUCCGAGUCACGAAGAAGAGUAAAUCAAGUUGCGCUGCCAUGCAUGUUGUUCCUUAUGGCCGCGAUUGGAGGGGCAUCCGCGGGCUGGUUUUGCCUGCAACAGCAACAAUCCAUUGAUCAGCUAUCAGAAGCGUUUAGGGCCAUGCAAAUAAGAAUCACCCAGUUUCAGCAGCAGAUGGGGCUGAGAGACACACAGAUGAGAUCAGGAGGUCUGAUCGAGGAGAGGAUACUGGCUUUGGAGGCAGCUCAGAAACAGGCCCAGCAGAAGGCGGAGGUUACCCUGGCAAUGUCAGAGCAGUUGAAGAGCAUCGACAUCAAAUCCCAAUUGUGGGCACUCCACAACGAGAUGAACACCAGGCUGGCUGAGUUCCAGCAGGUAGCCAUCUCCUCCACAGCCCUGCAGGCCGUGAUGAAGAACAAGAGCGAUGACUUGGAGUCGGUCAAGGAGAGCGUGGCGGCCGUUUCGAGCUCCAACUCUGCGCUAGCAGUGAGCUUGGCGAGGAUGACCAGCACAGUGGAUAACGUCAAAUCCAGUCUGGACGAGCAGGUGUCUACGGUGGACGGCUUGACAUCACAGCUGGAGGGACAGGUCACUGAGCAGAGGGCACUAAGAGAGUUUCUGAGUCUUGACAGGGUAGUGCUUCAUAACAACCACCAGGAAGUGGGUGAAAUCACGGAGUUGCUGGAGGAAUGGCAGGCCAAGAAGGCCCAGACUCUGGAGCAGCAGCUGCAGUUAGUGACCAGGACCCUGGAUGAGCAGCACAUCAGCUCCCAGAGCAUGCACCCCCAUCUCAAGAAGCAGCUGGAGGCUGUUCACAGCCAUCUGGUGAAUGGUGUUCCACUCAGCCAAGAGGAAGUCGACUCCGAGGCGGCAGAGGCCUCGGAAAUGGCAGAACGGGAGCAUGAGGUAACAGAGGAAGAAACUGCUGAGGAGGAGGUAGAGGAGGACUUUACUGAGGAGGCAGUGGAACAGGAAGCUGAAGAGGAGGGCGUUACUGAGGAGGCAGUGGAACCGGAAGCUGAAGAGGAGGAAAUGGAGCAGGAGGAGUCAGUGGAAAAGGAAGUGACAGAGGAGCUAGAAGAACAGCUAGUUGUAGUGGAGUCAUUGGAAGAUGGUGUCACAGAAGAGCAACUGGAGGAGGAGGAGCCAAAGGAUGAGGAAGAGGAGAUUGAUGAUGACAAUGACUUCCCAGAGGACUGGUCUCCUGAGGAGGAAUGGUAGGAGGAGGAAAAGGUUCAGGUACACAUUGCUGACUCUGGUAUGGCUAGAGCAGACAUUUUGACAAUUGAAACAUUACUGUAUUGAAAGAAGUGGAGGCCACUCAACCAACAUGAGGCGUGGUGCAUUAACAAAAAUUUGAUAAGGCGCAACGCUAACUCACCAUUACUUAUGGAAAUAUUAAAGAUAUAUUUCUAAAGAUAAAGACGAGUGCCUAUUGAGUACCCACUCCUCAAGACCCACACCCUCAUACAGGGUCUUUAAAGUUCAGCAGGAAUACUUCAGAUAAAAAUAAAGACUCUGUCAGUGCCAACUGUUAACAGUUGUCUGUACCUAAGUAAGCAGUCUGAAGUUUUCAGUUCUCUGUUUAAAUAUGAAUUUCAGAGCAAUAACAUCAGUUUUUAAGAUGAGUGACAAAAUCUUACUUUCCAAUUUGUUGUCAAAGCCGCAGAAUUCCAAACACUUACCAUCUUGGUUAUGAACUUAUUUGAUGUUUCAGUUGUAAAAUGUCCUUACUAAAAAGUUGUAAAUCAAAAUGUGUGUGAUUAUUUGGUUUUGAUUUAUGUAAAUACAUUUUCUUAACUGUCCAUAUUAUUGACCUAGCCUACAUUCAGUAGCUGGGAUUAUUAAUUGAGCCUCAUUUUAUUUCUGUCAUGUUAUAGAUGUGACAUUUUCAAACCUGCAAAUUGCAUCACAGAUGUCAUUGAUGCACUUUUGUAAUAAAAAAAGUGUAUACUUUAUUUAUUUACCUCUGCUUCUGUC